AUGAUAUGCGAAGUUUUGGAGCGUAUUGUGACGCAAAUCCUGCGACGGGCACGUGUUCCUCUUACCCCUAGGCGUCUUUCAGAUGUACUGGGGGGCGCAGUGUCCGCUGAAAACAUGAAUGAAAUUUGUCUAAAGAUGCUAGCCGAGGGUAUCCUAGAAAGGUGGAGUGAUGAUGCUUUUGUGGUAAGAGGCAUGAACCGUGUUGUGUGCCGAAACCUUCUCGUGACGCAGGAGUAUCAAGCUCUCGGGAUGACACUUCUGCGUGUUGCUGAAAAAACGCUGGUACAAUACAUUCCCAGAGAGGCUGAACACCGUUUUUUUGAGGUUCGCAAAUCGCUGGUAGGAGAAAAUGCAGGUUUGGGACUUUUUUUGCGGUCAUCAAGAGCAUUACCGCAAGGGACUGUGGUGUGUGAGUAUGUAGGACGUGUGCUAAAUAGACCCCCAAAAGAGAUAGAUCAGAGUAUCUAUGUUGUGAAGUUACGCACUGCUCCUAUUUACGUAGAUGGUGUGAACGAAAAGGGUGAACAUCUCUCACUUGCAACGUUUAUUAACGACAAUGGACCCACUGCUGCCAACGUUGAAAUGCGAGAGUAUGAGAUGCUGUCUGGACGUGUAUUCAUCGUCGCUAGCCGUGACCUUCUUCCAGGAGAAGAAGUACUUUGUACGUAUGGAUCAAAUUACUGGGGUUACUCUUCAUAUGCUGAAAUUUUGCGUAACUUAAACACUUCGUCUAAGAAGAGAAAACGUAGCAAGGAUGAAGAUUCUGAAUUGGACGAAGUGGGUUUUUUGAGGGAUUUUAUUUACCCCUGUAGGCGCUGUGGUGAGCAGGUGGCAAGGCGACUUAUGAUGUUGCAUCACCGCACUUGUGGAGAUCACCUGGUUACUCAAAAACUGUAUAAUUUAAACUCUUUACCUUUCAACGACUCCACUGCUAUGGAAAACACUAGCAAAGUAAUUCCAGCUGGAAGACAACGUGCGUUAAGACGAGCAAAACAUUUUGUGGACCUGGAAGACCCACAGACUUUUGCACUCUCCCACGAAGAUGUUGUUGGUGAUCUUACCUUUUCAUGGGCCAAAGUGUAA